AUGCCAUCCUUGAAACUUCUCUUGAUCUCCAUGCUCGUCUCGGGCAGCUUGGCCGCCCCUCUCGCCGCUCGCUUCGAAACCAACAAGACUGCCGCCGGCCUCUUUGAUGAGAACCACCGAACCUCCCUAGAGACCCGGGAAGAGGAUGAGGCGAAGGACUCUGCCGACAUCCAGGCCCGCAAGAUCGAGGUCAGCCAGGACUUUGCUGAUUUGGAGACCCGCGAGGAACAAGAGGUUGGCCGGGACUUCAGCAACGGACUCUACUCCCGCGAUAUCGAAACCCCCGAAGACGCCCCUGUUCUCGAUACGCGGGACCUGAAGGAAGUCAGCGAGGUCUACUCCACAUACCAGUCUCGCGACGUCGAGGCCGAUGAGGAGGCCGACCACCUCGAGGCUCGCAGCUUGGACAUGGACGAGGAGUUAGCCAAUGUUGAAACAAGGAACGAAAACCAGAGCAAGAAGCCAGGCUCCACGACGAGAAAAGCCACUUCUUCGACCAAGACCCGCGCCAAUGACAAGAAGAGAGUGGUAGAUGCAAAGCCGCCGCAACGGCCCGGCCAAGCCGCAAACGUCAAUGGCCCGGUUACCUACACCACUUUUGUCGUUCCCAAGGUAAAUCCCGACCAAAUCGGCGGGUUCCUCGAUUUCAAGACGACCAAGGUGCAGUCCAGGGACAACGUCGACAUCCACGCAAGGAUCCAGGAGAUGCAGGAGACGAUUCGUCAGCUCCAGCAGGCGAGGGACGAGGCGGUCAGUCGCAUCCAGGGCGGCUACUACGCCAAGGACACGAGUGGCGACCGGAUCCAGGACCUGCAGACGGAGCGGCAGCGGCUGCUCGACGUCAUCAGCCAGGCCGAGGCCGACAAGCAGCAGGCUGGGGACCGGAUCGCGGAGCUGCAGCAGAUGAAGAACCUCGGGACUUACGACAACAACGCCAUCGACGACGAGAUCCGCGACCAGCAGGCGCGGCGGGACUUGGCGGACCAGAUCAUCAACGAGGCGCAGGCCGACAAGGCGGUCCGCGACCAGCUGAUCCAAGAGCAGGAGCUGCUGCGGAAGCAGGACGACGCGACGAUCCGCGGCGCGCAGGGCUACAAAGACCAGUACGAAGCGCAGAUCCGCGAGGAGGAGAGACAACGCGAGCUCUUGAGGCAGAAGCUGCAGCCCCUGAGCGAUACGGACAGGCGCAACGAGCUCCGCAGACUGUGGUUGCAGGACCUGAACGAGGCGGAUAGAAAGAGGGUGCUGGCCCUGAACGAUGUGGAUAGGCAGAUUGAGAUCGACAGGCUGCGGUAUUUGGCCUGUCCUGAGACGGAGAGGCAGCGUCUGCUGCGCUUGGAUGCGAAUCAGAGGCUGGUUGAGCUUGACAGACUGCAGCUGCAGGGCUUGAGCAAGACGGAGAAACAGUAUCAGCGCGGGCUCGAAAUAGAGAGGCUACGGUUGCAGAGCCUGAACGACAAUGACCGCCUCAACGAGAUCAGGAAGAAACAGGACCAGCUUCUCCGUGAUCAGAAGCUGAGGGACCAGCUUUUCCGCGACGAGAAGCUGAAGACAAGCAAUGCAGAGGCGGCGCGCAAGCUAAGGGAGCAACAGCUCCGCGACGAGAAGCUGAAGACAAGCAAUGAGGAGGCGGCGCGCAAGCUAAGGGAGCAACAGCUCCGCGACCAGAAGCUGAAGACAAGCAACGAGGAGGCGGCGCGCAAGCUAAGGGAGCAACAGCUCCGCGACCAGAAGCUGAAGACAAGCAACGAGGAGGCGGCACGCAAGCUACGAGAGCAACAGCUCCGCGACCAGAAGCUGAAGACUGCCAAGGAGGAUGCAACGCGCAAGGCGAAUGGCGCAAAGGAUGAGUUGGCGCGCAAGGCAAAGGAGUCCCAGCGUCUCCAGGAGCUGAAGGAAAGCAAGGAGGAUGCGACGCGCAAGGCGAAUAACGCGAAGGAUGAGGCGGCACGCAAGCUAAGGGAAACCAAGGUGAAUCGUCCGAACCCAGUUUCGAACCCAGUUCCGAAGCAGCCUCCAAGGCAGCCUUCGAGGCAGACUUCGAAGCCGUCGAAGAAGAAGCCCGGCAAAUGA